UAUUUGUGCGCGUGGCGCCAUUCUUUCCAAAUUGGUUUGUAAAUAUUGCGUCGCCACAUUUGGAAGUCAGUUUGAACGUUUUCUUUUGGGCAACACUUGUCGGUGUUGCGCCGCUUUCCUUCAUCCAUGUCCAAGCAGGAGAAACAAUUCGCAUUACGGGAACUGAAGAUGUUUCUUUUUUCACGCCACGAAAUUUGGUUUCAAUGUCGCUGAUUGCAGUGGCUGCAUUUAUUUCUGCUUACAUUCGACGAAAAUAUUCAAACAAAUUAAGGAAGUUAGAAUAA